AUGACUCGAAUUCCUACUGGAGAUUUAUAUAUUUCUCUCCUCACAGGUAGCACAUUAAGCAGUGGGGUACGUAAGAAAGACAACACCAGCGUUGCCUCCAUCCAAACGUCCUAUGCCUCACACAUGAACUCCACAGCGCACCACACUGGUGCACUACAAAAGCAUAUGCGCACAAUUCCACCUUCUUUGAAAAUGGACCAGCAAGUACGCGAGUACAUCACUAGGGUAUUAGGCGAGCAGGACAUCCCACCGAAGGCAGGUCAGAUUUGCUUGAACAUGUCGAUUCAGCUCACCACAAGUGUCCGAUGA